AUGGGCAACAUCAGCUCGCGCCAGGCCACCAACCUGAUCGACGGCUUCGUGCUACGCAUCGCACGCACCGUUGACGCCGUGCUGCGCACCAUUAACCGCAAGCUCUCGCUCUUGUCCUCGUACGUCUUCUCGCGUGUGUUCGGGUACGACGUGGUGAUUUCCGACACCCACACCCCGCUUGGCGGUAACCACGCUCUCUCGCGUCAAGACUCUAUCGUUUGCGGUCCCGGCAACGUCUGCAUCGUGCCCGCAAGCCGCGUCCAGCAGCGCCAGCUCGAGAAGAAGCGACGCAGCGAGCGGCGCAAGCGCGCAGAAGCCGCCGCGCUCGGCGAGAAGCUGUUGCACAAGCAUCAUGGGUAUCGCAAGGUGGAAGGGGCGACACCGCCGAGCAGUCCCGUCAGCGAGGCGGAGCGCGAGCGCGAGCGGGUGAUGCAGAGCUUGGGCAGAGUAGCGACGGCUCCCGCGCCAAGACCCGAGGCAGAGCGCGAGACGGUGGGCGAGAGGGAGAGGGGAAAGUUGUGGGUGAUGGGCAAUGUGCAGCCUACUGUGCAUGCGAGGGGGCAGAAGGUGAGCCCGCCCGCGUCGCCGGCUUCUGCGACGGGUGUUGGCGAGAAGAUGAUCGACCAGCAUGUUUUACGGAGGAUGCACGAUCAGCGGAGUAGCUUGACGGCUGAAGCGGUGGUGAUCAAGCGACGCAUCCAGCCGAGGAAGUCGUCGAAGCAUGCGCAGAAGCUCGUCCGUGCCACGCAGCAGAGCAAUGCCGCCACCGCUGCCCCCGGCGGUGAUGCGAUCCAACCGGUGGUGGAAGCAGAUGAGACAGCUGCAGACAGAACAGCGGCCGAUGGUGUACAUGCGGUGUCGCGCAAAGAGGUGGCGCUGCAUGCUCCUCGGCCACGAGUCUUGCCACCGGGCGCACUCUCUCUCGGGCCUUCAGCCUGGGAGCCUGCCUUCCGCCACCCGUUCAGCGCGGACCACGAACGUGUACCCACCACAAACCCCAGACACCUACCACACUCGCGACCCAAGCUAUCGCUCGAUACGCACCUCGAAGCCUCCCCGCUCCCCAGCGCUUCGACCGCGGCGUUCCUCGCCUCGCCCACCAGCGACGACCCGCCCACCUUCGCCGCGCCUGCCCCGCCGCUCUCGCGGCCGCCGUCAGCAGCCUCGCACCACACGCGCUCGCGCACCCCGGCCAGUGUGGCGCGCAAAUCGAUCGACGCCAUCUCGCUGCGCUCCUCGUUCGACGCCUCGCCCUCUUCGCCCGCUGCCGCCGCAAUCGACGUCAAGAUGCUCGCAACGCAGGCGGUCAAGGAGGAAAAGGGACGCAAGGUCUGGAAGGACCAGGUGAACAAGGCGGCAAUGCAGCGCUGUCUGUUGCAGCAGAACCAUGCGCUUCCGUUGACCGCAGCGGGAGCAGGAGCAGGCGGCAGGCGGUUUAGUACCGCGACGCUAGCCGCGGAUCGUGCGCUGACGCGCGUCAGGACGCAGGAGGGCGACGCGAGGGCACCGGUGCUCCACCAGGGCAGGAGGGGGUCCAGCCCGGCGCUGAAUGCAGGCUUUGCGGGAGUAGGAGGUAUGACGAGUGGCAGAUCGACGCCAAUCCUGCGUGCCGAGUCGCCGCUUCAUUCUGUAGCACGUUGA